UAGAGACAAUAAUCAGAAUAUUUGCUUUUUCGGGAAACAAAUUAAUUCCUCUAUAAAAUUCACAUUAGAAAAUUGGAUCAGACACAUGUUAAAGAAUAUUUAACAUUUGUAUUGCAACCAGAGCGAAAUUAGGUGAAUUUCAAGCAAUCGGUGUCGAUAUUAUUGAGCAACAAACCGAAGUUAUUUUUUUCUGUUUUACAGAAUACUGCUCAUUUGCUUUUCAUCGCAUAAAUCAUCUCACAGUUAUGGCAUAUCGAUACGGCUCCGUUAACAUAACGCGAUGGCAAUUGGCGCUGCUGAUUGGUACACCCGUCGCAAUUGGUUUGGGUGUUUACAUUUACAGGAACUCGAUUAAGGACAAAAAAUCCAUUAGCGACAAUGAUGCGUCGAAGAGCGCCGCUGAGCGUAAGAAGGGUCUUCCGACCAAGAAUAAAAACCAAACUAUAUCAAUUGAUGGCACCGGCGAAGAUAAGGAGCUAGAGCGUAAGAAAAAGAGUGCCGAACUGGGAAGCGAGAAGUUGUCCCCCCUAAAGGAGGCCACUAUGUACAAGAAUGAGGGUAAUGUUUGCUACCGCAAUGGCAAAUAUGACGAAGCGAUUUCAUUUUAUGAUAAAGCCAUUGACAAAUGUCCGCCAGAAAAUCGCACAGACCUCGCAAUUUUCUACCAAAAUCGUGCGGCCUCUUACGAAAUGUUGAAAAAGUGGAACAGAGUAAAAGAGGAUUGUUCGCAUUCGCUUGAAUACAAUCCACGUUACGCGAAAGCAUAUUAUAGACGCGCUAAAGCGCACGAGGCCACUAAUGAUUUAAUGGAAUGCUUAGAUGAUGUCACAGCUACUUGUAUUUUAGAAAUGUUCCAAAAUAACAGUACAAUAAUGUAUGCUGAUCGCAUUCUAAAGCAGACGGGCCGUGAUGACACAGCGCGUGGUAUUAAGGAGCAUGAGCCAGUGCUGCCAUCUAAGAACUUCAUUCAUACUUUUCUACGUUCAUUUAUUGCUGAUCCAAUAGAUGCAGUAACUGUGCCUGCUGCAAAGGAAGAAGGAGGUUUGAAAGGAUUUGCACGCGCAAAAAAAGCAUUAGAGGAAGCGCAGUAUGGCGAUGUGAUGUCAGCGUGUACAGAAGAAAUCGAAACUUCCGAAUCAGAGUCGCAGUAUAAAACGGAAGCCUUGUUGUUGCGCGGUACAUUUCAUCUACUCUCGGGCAACUUCAGUGCGGCGCAGCAAGAUUUGGAUGCUGUGAUCAAUAAUGCUGAUGCUGAUGUGUCGCUGCAUGUUGCUGCCCUCAUUAAACGUGCCUCCUUGCACAUACAGCAAGAAGAGAAGGACUUGGGCCUAGCUGAUUUCGAGGCCGCAUCCAAAUUGCAACCAGAAAAUCCCGAUGUUUAUCACCAACGUGCACAAUUUUAUAUAUUGAUUGACCAGCUACCUGAAGCCUUGAGCGAAUUCGAAAAAGUCGUUAAGAUGGCGCCAAGUCAUGCAAUGGCCUAUAUACAGAAGUGUUAUGCCGAAUAUCGUAUGGCUUUAAUGGCACAAGAUCAAAUUCGACUGAUGAUAGUGAUGAACGAAUUCAAGAAUGCCAUUGAAAAAUUCCCGGACUGUGUCGAGUGCUAUAGCCUGAUGGCGCAAGUUUUGUGCGACCAACAACAAUUCCAGCAAGCGGAUCAAUUCUAUGAGAAAGCUCUAAAAUUGGCGCCCGAAAAUGCAUCAUUGUACGUUCAUCGUGGCAUACUGCUGCUGCAAUGGAAGGGUGAUGUUGACAAAGCAGUCGAACUUAUGCUUCAAGCUAUGGAGGUAGACAAUAAGUGUUUACUGGCCUACGAAACACUCGGCACUAUUGAAGUGCAACGUGCAAACUUAAAUCGUGCAGUUGAACUAUUUGAGAAGGCAAUUAAAUUUUCAAAGAGUCGAUCCGAAAUGUCGCAUCUGUAUGCAUUGCGGAAUGCCGCAGUGGCUCAAGUAAAUGUUACACGCAAAUUAGGUAUUGAUAUGUCGACAAUAUCGGCAUUGGCGCAAUCGGGAGCAAUGCCAACGGCUCUGUAAAAAGUGAGCGAUGAGAAGAAACACUACGAAAUGCUACAUAGUAGAAUCGUGUUUAAGUAAUUUCGCCUGCAAUAUAACUAAAAGUGUAAGAAAUUUUAACGAACUAAAGGAUAAAACCGGAACAACCGCAAAAAGUGUGCUCUAAUAAGCAUACUUGCAUUUCUCGCCAUUUAACCCAACCUUAAUGAGCAAAGUCUAAUGGGUGUAGUAGGAGAAGUAGAAAUAUUUAUAUGUAUGUAUAUGAAAUAUGAAGUGCUAAGGUUGCUGGUGCGUCAAAGCGUUCCAACGCAUGCGCCCAAUUGGGCAUCAUAUAAAUUAUUUGAAAGGUAUUGAAUCUUUGUUAGACUGUAACGCUUACCGUUUAAUUAGAUUUUGUUUUUGGUAAUUCAAAUACAUAAAAAGUUAUCUAAUAACGAUCUACAACAAUACAUUUGCUCACCACAUUGUUUCAUAUACCUGUAUACAUAUUUUCAUUUUGAAUUCUGAGCUCGAUUGAUGGAGUUCAAAAGUUCCAAAACGCCACCUACAUAUGUCUUGUUUUAAAAGAAAAUAGUAUUGAAAAAUAGAAACAGGUUUUACAAAGAUAAUGUUUAAGUUAUGUAGUUAUCCUUGUUAUUAAUAAAAAGUUAUGAUUUUUUUAAUUUUUGUUGAUAUGACAUUUAAUGUAUUUGUAGGCGGCAUGAUAGGUCACAUUGUAUACACUAAACACUAAAUUAGACCAUAAUUUAUUUACGCUUAUAUCGUUGUUAUUGAUAAAAAUAAAUACAUUUAGAGCUAAUAUAUUAGCACUUUAUUGAAACAGA